UAGCGACGUUCUUGCUACACACUGGAAAAUACUGCAGUUCCUCCGAAAUAAACAUCAGUGUGUCUCAGGACGUCGCUGUGGGAGGUUGUGCUGCUCUUCCCCCUGUGUUCGAGCCUGCAGUAUGGUGGUGGCCAAGGUGUGGGUGCUGAAGAGGAGACCUGUGGGUGAACCAACUGUGGAAGACUUCCAGCUGGUGGAUGAGGAACUGCCCCCCUGUGGAGAUGGUGAUGUGUUGGUGACAGCUGUGUACCUGAGUGUGGACCCUUAUAUGAGGUACAGAACUCGCCAGGUACCUCUCAACACUCCCAUGGUUGGCUCGCAAGUGGCCAGGGUGACGGAGAGCAAGAACACCAAGUGGCCAGUGGGAACGUAUAUGGUGUGCUAUGCUGGAUGGAGGACCCACACGGUGUACACCGCCAAGCAGCUUCAAGAAGGCUCUGCGGAGAUGAUCUCGCCGCUGCCAGACCUGCAAGACCUGCCCAAGAGUUUAAGUCUGGGUGCCGUGGGUAUGCCUGGUAACGGCUACUUCGGCUUCUUGACUCUGUGUAAGCCUAGGCUGGAGAAAAUGUCCUGGGGAACGGCUGCAGGAGCUGUGGGCAGCAUUGUGGUGCAGAUCGCUAAACUCAAAGGUUGCAGGGUGAUUGCCUCGGCAGGGUCACAGGACAAGUGUGCCUGGGUAAAGCAGCUGGGUGCUGACCAUGUCUUCAACUACAAGACCAAGAGUGUCAGCGAGGCACUCAAGGAACUGGCACCAGAGGGCGUCCACUGCUACUUUGAUAAUGUAGGGGGCCAGUUCUCCCUGGAGGCGCUGCCACACAUGACUGACUUCGGCAGAGUGGCACUCUGUGGUGCCAUUUCUACUUACAACCACGAGGAUAAAGGCAUCCUCAAGGCUGAUAGUCCGUACAGCCCAAUGUUGAUGAUCUCCAAGCAACUGCGUGUGGAGGGUUUUAUUGUGCUUCGCUGGCAGUCCCGCUGGAUGGAAGGACUGAAUCAGUUGAAGCAGUGGGUUGUGGAGGGUAAAGUGAAAUACAGAGAGACUGUCACCGAGGGCUUUAAUAACAUGCCUCAAGCUUUUAUUGGUCUCUUUCACGGUGACAACAUCGGCAAGGCUAUCGUCAGUGUGUAGGGCACCUGACUAGCCUGGGACAAUGACAGGACAUCCAGGGGGACAUCGUUAGUGUCUAGGACACCUGACUAGCCUGGGACAAUGACAAGAUAUCUAGGGGAACAUCGUCAGUGUCUAGGACAUCUUGUCAUGUAGGGGGGUAAUGGAAUGCAAGGAUACUUGGGGAAUAAGGGAGUAAAGGGAGGGAGUAAGCAGGAGAGGUGAGUCGAGUGACAGGAGCGGAGGUAAUGUGAGGUCACUGGUGACUAGACCAUCACCUCUCAUUACCACCACACUACUCACCCUCUCAGCACUUGAAAUAAAUUAAUGAAUAAAAGAAUAAAUAAAAGGACUGUGAAUAUUACUAUUCCAGUCAAACACAGUUUAUUAUUAAGUCCUUGUACAAUAAUAUAUUUGGGAACAGGAGAACACUGUUGGGUUUAAAUAAAUGGCGAUGGUACACAUAAGCAGUGAGACAGGGAAUACUGAUGAAACAGAUAACUUACAAUAUAGUUCAGAGGACAGUUCACCACAGGAACUCAGCCACACACUAGCCACAGGUCCCAAGACCUAAACAGCACGAGCUCUGCUCCAGCCAGUACUCUGCUCGGAUUCUCCAACAGAGUCUCCACCAGAGACUCUCCAGCAGCCCUCUCCCGAGCUCUGCACACAGGCCAGAGCUCUGCCAGAAUCUCUCUCUCUAGCUAUUCCUUGAGCUUAUAUGGUCCUUCAGGCACCCCAUACAAUGAGGUAUGCGCCACGUGUUUUGGCCGGACACCGAGAUCUGACGCAGUCAAUAACAAAAGACCUGAGACUUAAACUAAAAGACAUGUCUGACAGCUAUUUGCCAAGGCAAGGUGUGACCAUUUACUGGUUAGUUAGGUUUCCCUCAGAGACCUCACAAGCAUAGUGACCUACAUCACAACCUGGCUAGCCUGGGACAAUGGCAUCGUCAGUAUCUAGGACGCCUGGCUAGCCUGGGAUAAUGACAGGACACCCAGGGGAACAUCCUCAGUGUCAAGGACACCUGUCUAACCCAGGACAAUGACAAGACACCCAGGGGAACAUCAUCAGCGUAUAGGACACCUGCCUAACCCAGGACAAUGACAGGACACCCAGAGGAACAUCGUCAGUGUCCAGGACACCUGCCUAACCCAGGACAAUGACCUGUCAUGUAUCAUAACACCUGUAUAAUACUGUUAUAUCUUAUGUAUUAACUAAAUAAAGUCGAAUGAAAAUAUAA